AAAUUCAGAGGUCCAGGGACAGUUAGUCAGUUAGGUCCUGACUAACCAGCACGCUGCUAGAUCAGCACUGACUCCAGAGAAAGCUCUCAGACUUAGAUACAGUCAGUCAUGAUGUCUGGAAGACUGCUGCCACAGUUCUCCACAGGAGCCCUGUUCCUUCUCCUGGCCUGGUCCAGUCUCCUGGUCAAUGCUGAGAUCAGCAACGGCUUUUCAAGCUGCACCAACUUCUUUUAUAAAGGCACUCCACCUAAGGGAUUUGAUGGAGCAGAGUACAAGCAGAUAUGCCAGAGAUUGCAAAACCAAUAUCGCUUUGCCACCCUGUAUGACCAAACACAUCGUGUGGCAGUGUACUCUGCCUACACUCUCAACCCUGCAGCAGGGAAACGCCAAGACGAAACUUGGUAUUACGAACCGCAGUUGAAAGAUCCCCAAAGUACCCAAAAAGAGAUGAUUUCUACAGACUUAGUAAAGGAAGAUGAAUACAAGGAUUCCCAGGCAGUGGAAAGAGACUACAGGGGAACCCUGUAUACCAAAGGCCAUCUCAAUCCCAGCAUGCACCACGCCACAGUUGAAGACCGUGAUGCUACCUUCACCCUGACUAACAUGGUCCCUCAGCGUGGAGGCUCCAACAGUGGUACCUGGAAUGACUAUGAGAAGGAGCUUGUGGACAAAUACAGUAAAUAUUGUAAUGGAGAGAUGUACGUGAUCACUGGAGCCCUGCCUUUUGAGGUUGUACGAAAUUUGCAGACUGACAGAGUGUCAAUCCCAGAGUACCUGUGGUCUGCCUACUGUUGUCCUUCUUACAAGGAUAAGUCUCCAGUGUCAGAAUUCCCAUCUUAUGCAGUAGUGGGAAGAAAUGACCCCAACAGUGGAAACAAUAUCGUACCAGUUGAUCAGAACGUAAAGGGCGAUAGGCAUGGCUACGAUUCGAGAAAAAUGACCUUAACCCAGCUGGAGGAGCUCCUUAGAAGCAGGCUCAGAAUGAACAACAUCCAACUGUUUAAUGGGGAUUGUAAAGUGAACAAGUAACAAAUACAACGCCCUUUAAUGUUGAUGAAAUGCCGAAAUCUCUUCUUACUAUCUCUGCUGUGCCAGUUAAGAUGAAUGUCCCUUGCUAAGUCCUCCAUUAAAUGACUGAUUCAUGGAUGAUUCAAACUAAAUAGGUUUUCUUAUGUCUAUUGGCACUGAAAUUUACAGCUAUUGCUACAUUGUACAAACUUUAACAUUGGGCACAGUAUUCGGAUAUUUUCUUAAUACAAUCAACCGUGGAAUAUUAAGUGAACCCCAUCAGACAUAAUAACUUACAGGAAGUGCACAUUCCUGAGGUCAGCAGCAGGGGGACGGGGGUUACAUACCACCUGGAUGUCUGUCUUUACGGUUGUGUAUUAAACUGAGAUUAAAUCUGCAAAAAGCUUAGUAUUAAUUGAAAUAUUUAUUUUUCGUAGGAUUGUUAACAUGUACAAAACAAAGUGAACUUCGACUGUAGUGUACAAGAAAAAGAACAAGGCCUUCAGGUUGAUUGAACACAAUUGCUGAUAAAAAGAUAAAAAAAAUGUACAAUUUAUUAAAUGUCAUAAAUAAGUGAAACCUUGGUAAAAAUUGACAACAUCGCCAUUGAAAACAGUUGAUUCCCCUUUGCUCUGCUUCUCUUUAACUUACUCAAUAAAAUAAUCCGCUUUUUAUCAUCAA